CCGGUGGGCUGUGCCUGCCGGUGUUCGGCUACUGUCUGGGUGACACGGGGAGCCGGCGGGCUGCCGCGGCCCCCACAGAUCUCCGCCAUGGUUCGUGCGGGUGCCGUGGGCGCGCAUCUCCCCGCUUCCGGCUUGGACAUCUUCGGGGACCUGAGGAAGAUGAACAAACGCCAGCUCUACUACCAGGUUUUAAACUUCGCCAUGAUCGUGUCUUCUGCACUCAUGAUAUGGAAGGGGUUGAUCGUGCUCACAGGCAGCGAGAGCCCGAUCGUGGUGGUGUUGAGUGGCAGCAUGGAGCCAGCCUUUCACAGGGGAGACCUGCUGUUCCUCACAAAUUUCCGGGAAGACCCCAUUAGAGCCGGCGAAAUAGUUGUUUUUAAGGUUGAAGGACGGGACAUUCCAAUCGUUCACCGAGUCAUCAAAGUCCACGAAAAAGAUAAUGGAGACAUCAAAUUCCUGACUAAAGGAGAUAAUAAUGAAGUUGAUGAUAGAGGCUUGUACAAAGAAGGCCAGAACUGGCUGGAAAAGAAAGAUGUUGUGGGAAGAGCGAGAGGGUUUUUGCCAUAUGUUGGUAUGGUUACAAUUAUAAUGAAUGACUAUCCAAAAUUCAAGUAUGCUCUUUUGGCUGUCAUGGGUGCAUAUGUGUUACUAAAACGUGAAUCCUAAUACGAGAGGCUGUUCUGGGACCAGAUUGAAAUGAAUUCUGUUGAAAAAGAGAAAAACUAAUAUAUUUGAAAUGUUCCACUUUCUGUAUAAAAGGAAACCAUGUGGAGACAUUUUUGUCUUGUCCAAAUAAACGAUUCAUCAGUAAAGA